AUGAGUGGGACAAACGAGCCCAUUGCCAUCAUUGGAACUGGCUGUCGAUUCCCAGGCAACGCCAGCUCUCCUUCCAGGCUAUGGGAUCUUUUGCACCACCCUCGGGAUCUCUCAAGAAAGCCUCCAUCGACGCGUUUUAGCGCCGAUGGCUUCUAUCACCCCAACCCAGAGCAUCAUACAACGAGCAAUGUCACCCAGUCCUACUUUCUCGAGGAAGACCACCGUCUGUUCGAUGCGACCUUCUUCAAUAUCACUCCGAAGGAGGCGGAGGCAAUUGACCCACAGCAACGACUUCUCCUGGAAACGGUGUAUGAGGCCAUGGAAUCCGCCGGUUUGACUCUGAAAGGCAUGGAAGGCAGUCAUACGUCAGUCUACGUGGGACUCAUGUGCAAUGAUUUCCACGACAUCCAAUUCCAGGACCCCGACUACCUCCCGCAAUACAUUGCCACAGGUGCAUCUCGGGCAAUUAUUUCGAACCGGGUCUCUUAUUUUUUCGAUUUCAAGGGACCUUCAAUGACGAUCGACACUGCAUGCUCGUCAAGCUUAGUGGCAAUCCAUCAAGCUGUCCAGAGUCUACGGUCCGGCGAGAGUACUGCUGCUUGUGCCGCUGGCGCUAACUUGCUCUUGAGCCCGGAGUACUAUCAAGCAGAAUCGAAUCUGCAUAUGCUUUCUCCUUCUGGCCGGUCUCAGAUGUGGGAUGAAAAUGCCGACGGAUAUGCUCGGGGUGAAGGGAUUGCGGCCAUCUUUCUAAAGACUCUUUCUCGUGCCCUGGCAGAUGGAGACCACAUUGAGGGCAUCAUCCGGGAAACCGGCGUGAACUCGGAUGGUCGUACUCGAGGCAUUACAAUGCCUAGUGCUGACGCUCAGCUUUCUUUGAUCAGAGCCACUUACAAGAAAGCUGGGUUGGAUCCCCUGAAUCCAGAUCAACGCUGCCAGUACUUCGAGGCUCAUGGUACCGGUACACCUGCAGGCGAUCCUCUGGAAGCAUCCGCCAUUAGCCGAGCUUUCUUCAACGAGGAAAGUCACGACGGAGAAAAACUUCUUGUCGGGUCGAUCAAGACUGUCAUUGGUCACACAGAGGGCGCCGCCGGCGUGGCAGGAGUGAUGAAAGCUAUGCUCUCAAUGCAAAACGGCAUUGUUCCCCCCAACCAGCACUUGAGGUCACUUAAUCCCAACGUGAAACCCUGGUAUUCCCAUUUGGAGAUUCCAACUGUACCGCAAAUCUGGCCUACAACUGAGGCCCACACGCCUCGACGAGCAAGUGUCAACUCUUUUGGUUUUGGUGGUACCAACAGCCACGUCAUUCUUGAGCGUUAUGACCCAGCCCUUCAUGGGAAGCUGCAAGAUAAGGAGCAUGCUAUGGAUGGAACCAUAUCUGAGCGUCCGUUUUCCAUUCCAAUUGUCCUAUCUGCCCAUACUGAGCAGUCUCUCUUCGGUAUGCUCCAAGCAUACUCGGAGUAUUUAAAUUCGCACGAUUCGGUAGACUUAGAAUCCCUUGCUUGGGCAUUGCUUGAGCGUCGCUCUCUCUUCCCCGUCAGGGUUGCGUUUUCCCCUGGUUCUCAGAAGGACGUUAUCGCGCAGAUGAAUGCUGCAAUCCAGCGCGGUGUCGACUCGGGCACUCGCCUGAAGAUUCACGAUAUCGAGGCUGGUCCUCGUAUCCUGGGAGUUUUCACUGGACAAGGUGCUCAGUGGGCCACUAUGGGUCGGGCUUUGAUUCUUCACUCGCAACUCUUUCGACAGACAAUACUGGAAUUGGAAAGUCAUCUGUCUGAAUUGCCACAUCCGCCUUCGUGGUCACUGGAGAAGGAAAUUAUGGCGCCAUCGUCAUCCUCUCGUUUGCAAGAGGCUGCUUUGUCCCAGCCAUUAUGUACGGCUGUCCAAGUCGCGACGGUCAACCUCCUACAUGCAGCUGGGGUUUCGUUUCACACUAUUGUGGGUCACUCUUCUGGUGAGAUUGCAGCAGCCUAUACCAGCGGGUACAUAACUGCCAAUGAAGCCAUUCGGAUCGCCUAUUACCGCGGCUAUUUCGCUAGUCUUGCAUGUGGCUCGGAUGGUCAAAAGGGUGGAAUGCUGGCCGCAGGCCUGAGCCUCGAAGAAGCGAAAGAAUUCUGCAACCUUCCUCCAUUCAAGGGUCGCAUAGGGGUGGCUGCAAGCAAUUCUGCAUCCAGCGUUACACUUUCCGGUGACCUUGAUGCCAUCCUGGCAGCCAAGAGUGCUCUGGAUACAGAUGGGAAAUUUGCAAGGGCACUGAAGGUAGACACUGCGUACCACAGCACGCAUAUGCAUCCGUGCUCAGAGCCCUAUCUGGAAGCGCUUGCAGCUAUCCAAAUCAAGCCAAAAUCAUCCAAGCCAGGGUGUGCUUGGCUUUCUAGCGUAAGCAGUGACAACGGGCGACCGAGGAAAGAAGACCUUUCGGGCCCCUACUGGCGCGACAACAUGGUGAAGCCGGUUCUUUUCUAUGAGGCCGUCCAGGCUGCGCAUGAAAGGCGAGGACCAUUUGACAUUUGUAUCGAAGUGGGACCGCACGCUGCGCUCAAGGGUCCGGCAACACAGACUAUCAAAGAAGCUGCUGGCCAUGCACCGCCAUACCAGGGUGCCUUACAUCGCGGAAAAGAUGAUGUCGUUUCUUUUGGCAGUCUUUUGGGAUUCUUGUGGACGCAUCUCCCUGCAAGUGCCAUCGAUGUAAAUGGAUUUGCAACAGCCAUGGGCGAUGAUAUUUCCCGACGACGCAUGUUUCCCAAAGACCUUCCAUCCUAUCAAUGGGAGCAUAACCAGGUCCACUGGAGAGAAGGACGUCUUUCCACGCAAUACCGAAACCGGCCUCCGUUCCACGAGCUUCUAGGCACGAGACUUCCUGGUGAUGUCGAUGAGAAUCCUCGCUGGCGCAACAUACUUCGAGCGGAUGAGGUACACUGGCUUCGUGAUCACCGCUUCCAGGGUCAGAUAAUUAUUCCCGCAGCAGCCUAUUGUAUGAUGGCAGUGGGUGCAGCGCAGUCCCUGAGCAAGAACGUGCCAAUUGAAGCCAUUGAGAUCACUGAUUUGGAUUUCGAAAAUGCUAUAACCGUCCCAGAUGGCCCGCCUGGAGCCGAGGUACUCUUCAACCUCCACCAGACACACACUCAAGAUGGCUCAAACAAGUCUGUCAUCCAGGCAGAGUACACCUGCUUUUCUGGCCCUGCUGACGGCUCGGCACCGAUCAAGAGGAUCUUUACUGGAAAGUUGUCUGUGUUUCUAGAUUCAUCAAUGGGCACGGGCCUUCCAGCCAAAAGCAAGAUCCGUCCCAUUUUGUAUCCCAUGAACGUCGAUGAUUUUUAUGACCAGAUGAAGAGUAUUGGACUGAACUACUCCGGCUCGUUUCGGGGCAUUCAAGCGGCACAGCGACGCCUGUACAAUUCGACAAUUCGGAUUGAUCCUCCAGAAGAGGGAGACGGCUCGUUUCUCAUCCACCCUACCACCCUUGAUGUGUGCUUCCAGGCAAUAUUCGCCGCAUAUGCUUCACCAGAUGACGGGUCACUCCAAACAUCUUUUUUGCCUCGCAAAAUUGGCCGCAUUCUCUUCACUAUCCCUGAGUGUCAGGCCAGCCUUGCCGCAAAGUCCAGUGUCAGCGUUGAUGCCGUGGUGACAAAUGUCGUGACCGCGAACACUUUCCAACUGCCGGCUUUGUGCGGAGAUCUUCACGUGUUCAACGAGAAGACGGGGCAAAUGCAAAUUCUGAUCGAGGACCUAUCAGUUAGCUCCUUUGCUGUUGGCUCCGAGAAUGAUGAUCGUCAACUUUUCCUCGAGGACCGUUGGGAACUGGACAUCAUGAGUGGUCUCAGUGCUCGCCGCAGCAGGGUUGAUAUCUCUACAACCCAAGCACCUACGGAAGCAUGCGAGCGUGUUGCUCACUUUUAUCUCAGAGAGCUUGUCAGGGAAGGCACUUUGUCCCGCAUUGUAGCCGAGUAUGAGAAUCUCGUUCAGUUUGCGCGUGGUGUCGCUUCUCAGCAACCAGCAAAUGAUGCAAUCAGUAAAAUCGCAUGGGCAAGCGACACCGAGGACGAAAUUGCCAAUCUAGUCAAACAGUAUCCAGACAGCCAUGAUCUGAGAUUGAGCAAGGCCAUCGGAGAGAGACUCCCGUCUAUUGUGAGUGGCGAUUCAGGUUGGCAAGACGACCAAAUUGCGGGCAUCUUUGAUCAGGCCCUCGAAUAUGGCUCGACUCUGGCUUUGGCCUAUCGCGAAAUUGGCUCAGUCGCAAGGCAGAUUGCUCACAAACAUCCUCGAAUGUCGAUACUGGAGGUAGGUGCACACGCAGGUCGAGCAACAAAGCACAUCCUUCGAGAACUAAACGGUACUUUCUCAACUUACACCGUUGCUCACACCACCUCCCCGAACUACUUGGCGCAUGUCCACGAUGAUCUGCCCAGUCAGGUUUUGCUGACAAGUCUAGACUUCAACGAGGAUCUUGAAGCACAGGGCUUUAAGGGUGGAUCAUUCGAUCUUGUGAUUGCGGUCGGUGUGACACCUAUGUCUCUCCCCAUCCGUCAAUCCCUCUCGAGCCUUCGCGAAUUGUUGAAGCCCGGUGGUUUUUCUGUUCUUUUCGAACCCACUGGAAAUGCAAUUAAUUACCCCUUCACAAUGUCUCUUAUCCCACAAUGGUGGUCACUCGAAGAUGAACAUCGGUCUGAAGCAAAGACGGUCUCUCUAGUCACCUGGAAUCAACUGCUGCGCCAAACACGCUUUUCAGGUGUUGAUGCGGUUGUCAGCGACAACUCAGAGCCUAAAAUGUCUGUAAUUGUGUCUCAGGCCACAGAUAAGACUGUUCAGUCUCUUCGAAAACCACUUCAUUCUCGGAAGACAAUAGGUACUAUUCCUGGGAAGCUUUUGAUUCUCGGCGGGAAGUCCUUGGAGACGUGCCGAUUGAUUGGUCAACUUGAGAUGCUUCUCGAGUCUUACUUUCACUCUAUCUUGACUGUAGAGUCUCUUGACAAGUUGAAAGAAAAGUCUUUGCAAGACGUUAUAGCUGUUCUGUCUUUGAAUGACCUUGAUGCUCCUUUCGUGAAGAACGUCACCAAAGAUUCCUGGCGCAAUCUCAAACUGGUGUUUGAGCGUGUUCCUAGUGUCUUGUGGAUCCUACAGGGAUAUCGAGAAAAGAACCCUUAUCAUGCCGCGUCCCUGGGUCUUCUUCGCGUCAUUGCAGCGGAGACACCGCAACUGCACCUACAGUGCCUAGACGUUGGGAAUACCGAUAGCCAAGAGUUUUUUCUCGCCGAAUGUCUUCUUCGCUUGGUGAUUAUACAAACCAAAAAGCUUCGAAACGAUCCAGCUCUUCUCUGGUCUGCAGAGCAGGAACUGGUUUUGGAACAAGGCUCUUUCCUGUUACCUCGGGUCGUGCCCGUGGCGGAGCUCAAUGAUCGUCUCAACUCCGCGAAAAGGCUUCUACAAAGAAAAGUAAACACUUCUCUGGUCGAGGUUGUACUCCACAAGGCAACCCUGGGCAGUGGUGCCACUAGGUAUACCGCGGUCAAAGGCUUGAAGCGAAGUAGUUUCAUCUCCCCUGAGGUCAAUCAUAGAUCUCUACAUCUGCAGGAAAGCUCAUUGAUCGCCGUUCGACUUGCAGACGACGCCUCCGUCUUUGUAGCACUCGGGUCGGAUCUGGAGAAUGGGGCUCAAUACUUAGCCUUGAUCCUUCAGAAUGCUUCACUUGUGAAUGUUCCCACAUCAUGGACGUACUCCCUUGAAGUGCCCUCCGCUUCAAGCAUCUCGGUUGAAGUCGCCUUGAGAUACUUCGCCGCUCGACGGAUGGUAGACUUGGCCUCCUCAUCUGGCUCCACCGUUUUCCAUGGACUCGACAACUAUCUUGCCUGCGUUGUCUGGGAUAUGGCGCAAGCGGCCGGAAAGCGGAUCUUUGUGGCUACUGAUGGACCUCAUGACGACGUUCUGUCGCCUCAUAUCCCUCAACUCUACGUUCACCCCCGUGCAUCCAAGUCGAUGCUACGGUCGAGUCUUCCCAGGGAUACAAAUAUGCUCAUCGACAUUGCCGCCAGUGAAAAGUGUCUGCAACGGUUACGGGCUGUUCUGCCCCAUAACUGUAUCGUACUCUCAUCCGAUGCUGUUUUCAACGACAAUGCCUCGCAAUGUCCCAACACACCGGAAGACGUGUGGAAAGACCUGAUCGCAAGCGCGGGUUACAUUGUGACUCAAGAUAUUCCAAAAGUGCGACCAAGCGAACUACUCCAGGAGGCCCCCGUGAGAUCUCCGCUGACGACAAUCGAUUGGAGUGGUGACGAAAAAUUGUCCACCCUUGUUCAGCCGCUGAAUUCCUCCAAACUGUUUUCUAGUAACAGGACUUACCUUCUUAUGGGGUUGACAGGAGAAUUAGGAAAAUUUCUGUGCAGGUGGAUGGUGAAAAAUGGUGCUCAUCACAUUGUCAUUUCCAGCAGAAAUCCUCAAAGGGGCACCCGAUGGGAGGCCGAGCUUCGCUCAUUGGGAACUGACCUGCACAUUGAGCCCUGCGAUGUAACAAUCAAGUCCGAUGUUGUUCGCCUCGUCCAAAAACUCAAAGAUAUAUUGCCUCCGGUUGCUGGCAUUGUGAAUGGAGCCAUGGUUAUGCGCGACCAACCUUUCGCUGACAUGGAUGAUGAGACUUUCCGCAGGGUGCUCCAACCUAAGGUUGAUGGAUCUAAGAAUCUUGAUGAAGUAUUUGGGGAUUCCCCAUUGGAUUUCUUCAUCAUGACCUCUUCGACGGCUGCUGUCAUUGGUAAUCCCGGACAAGCGAACUACGCCUCAGCCAAUCAGUUUAUGGUUGGCCUUGCUGCUCAGCGCAAAGCGCGGGGCGUGGCCGGCUCCGUCGUCGACAUUGGAAUGGUCAUGGGAAUCGGUUACAUUCGCCGCAGCGAGGAGAAGGGGACAUAUCAGCAUUUCCUCGGAAAGCAGAAUUUGAUGGCAAUCUCCGAGCACGACAUCCGGGACAUUUUCUCCGAAGGCAUUUUUGGUGGCCACCCGACCAUGGGCGAUCGCUCCCAGAUCAUGACCGGCCUGGCCAAGAUCGACCUAUCGGAUACCAGCAAGCGACCAAGCUGGAUUGCCAACCCACGCUUCUCUCAUCACAGCUUCGAGUCCAACCUAAAAAGGACACUGGACACUGGCUCCGACGCAUCGCCCAAGACCAAGCUUCGCAAGGCUGACAAUGUCGAAGAAGUUUCGAGCAUACUACAAGACAUGUUUUCUGCUGAACUUGCAGUGACUUUACAGCUACCGCCAGACAAUGUGAACAAGUCUAUAUCACUGCUCGAAAUGGGAGCAGAUUCGCUUGUGGCAGUUGAAAUUCGAUCAUGGUUCUUGACAGAAAUCGGACAAGAUGUACCUGUCCUGAAGCUUUUGGGAGGUGGAAGUUUUGCAGACCUAUGUGACGAGCUAGCAGUUGAUAUUCUUGCUGAGAACGUCGCUGCUCGCGACCAGCUAGCUAGGGAUGAGCCUAUUCCCGAGCCGCAUGAAAACAUUUCGACUGUUGACCAGGCACUACCGAACAAUUCAAGUGAGGUUGGGGAUGAUUUCAAAGACAAGAUACCUCUUGGGACGAGCGGCUCGUCCGAUGAAAGCUCAGCAAAUGGCGACACCCGAGCACAACAGACCCCCGAUACAUCCGAUAAUGAGUCUCUGAGUGUGGGCAAGGCUGUUAUGCCACCUUGGUUGCAAAUUGAUUCCAUGUCUUAUGGACAGUCCCGUAUCUGGUUCCCUUCUAUCUACCUCGAUGACAAGACCACAUACAACUGCACUACUUCCUAUCGUCUCAAGGGACCAUUGGAUCUUGAUAGACUGGAAUCUGCACUUCAAAGAGUCACACAAAGACACGAGUCUUUCCGCACCUCGUUUCAUACUGACAGUUUCACUGGGGAGGCCAAGCAAGUCAUUCUGAGAAAAAGCAAGUUCAGGCUUCGUGUCCUGGGAUCGACAAACGACAAGAGUGAUGUUAAACGUGAAUUCGACAACAUGCACAAUCACAUUUACGAUCUUGAGCAUGGUGAUACUUUCCAAGCCUUUCUCUUGGUCCAUGCUCCCGACUAUCACACCAUCAUCUUUGGUUAUCAUCAUAUCAUCAUGGAUGGUGUUAGCUGGCAACUCACCCUUCAGGACAUUGAGCUACACUAUACCUCGUCGACAAAGCCCUCGAGUCCCGUUCAAUACUCUCUGUUCGCCAAAUUGCAGCGACAGGCUGUUACUAGGGGUGCCUAUUCCAAGCAGCUUCAGUUCUGGAAGAGUCAAUUGCAUGACCUACCGGAAUCCCUUCCUUUGUUCCCCUUUGUAAAGACCGGUUCACGCAGGGAGAUGGCCAACUACGCGACCAUUGACCUUGUGCAACCCCUUGACGCUUCUUUGACGAAUAAAAUCAAAGCUGUCAGCAAGAAAGCAAAGUGUACGACCUUGCACUUCUAUCUUACGGCCUUCCAAGUUAUGCUUCACCACUUCCUCGGUGUCGACGAUCAGUGCAUCGGUCUUGUGGACGCCAACCGCAAUGACCCCAAUUUCAUGCAGACGAUUGGAUUUUUGUUGAAUUUCCUGCCGCUGCGUUUCAGCCUUGCAAAUGACCCGAGCUUUGAGUAUCUCGCUCAGCAGACUCGCACUUCUGUCUACGCUGCACUUGGGAACUCGGACAUCCCGAUUGAUGUUAUCCUCGAUGACCUCCACGUUACUCGAUUGACUACCUCUCCUCCGUUGUUCCAAACAAUCUUCAAUUAUCGGAUGGGCGCCCUCAAGCAAAGCUCCAUUGGUGAUAUCGCCCUUGAAUGGCAUGACUACAAGGACACGCGCACUCCUUAUGAUAUCGCGGUCUCUGUCGACGAGAAAGACGAUGGCACCGGCGGUUUCUUGUCAUUGGGUCUUCUUGAAUAUUUGUUUGAUCGCACAGGUGGCGAGUUGCUGAUGAAGUCCUAUGUACACAUUCUCGAGCAAGCCGCUGCAGACCCGACUAUGCGGCUUAGUGACUACACCCUGUUCCCGGAGACUGCAUCUGAAGAGUCGAUUUUACUGGGCAUCGGCGAUGAUAUCGAGACUACUUGGCCUGACACGCUGUCUAAGAGAAUCAAUCACCUGGUUGAGACUCAGCCAAAUUCACUUGCAUUGAAGGAUCCUGUAGGGAGGAUUCUUACCUAUCGUGAGAUGGGCGAUCGAGUCAACGCCAUUGCCGCGGCACUCGAUACUCUUCCUGCUGUGCAACCUGGAUCGCGCAUUGGAGUUUGCUGUCAGCCAUCGUCGGACAUGGUGUGUGCACUUCUGGCCAUCCUACGUCUUGGGGCUGUCUAUGUGCCUCUUGAUUCCAGCAUGCCUGUCGAGCGUCUGGCCUUAAUUUGUGAUGAGGCGCAGCUGAGUGCUCUCGUCAAUGACAAAGAGACCGCCGGUGUUGCUCAAAAGCUCGAGGUUGGAACCAAGGUCGACCUUACAUCUUUGCCGAGUCGAAUUGAGAAGAUAAUCUCGGACCGCAGUGAAGCGGGGUUGAAUGCGUUCAUCAUGUUCACUAGCGGGUCGACUGGCAAACCCAAGGGUGUCCAAUUGACGCAUGCCAACUACAUGACCCAAAUUCUGGCUGCAUCUGAAAGACUGGGCCUGCAACGAGAGAUAGUGCUACAGCAAAGCUCCGUGGGCUUUGACAUUUCACUUGCCCAGAUAUUCUACUGCCUUGCAAACGGAGGUACACUCAUCAUCACCGACACUCAGAAGGAUCCCGAGGCACUGGCCACGUUGAUCGGCCGUGAGAAAGUAACGUUUACGUUGUGUGUUCCGUCAGAAUAUUCAAUUUUGUUGCGACAUGGCAAAGAGGCUUUGGCAUCGUGCACAUCCUGGCGUAUUGCGUACGCAGGUGGCGAGGCAUUCCCUCUUGGUCUUAAAGAGAAGUUCCGUGACCUUCAUCUCGACAAUCUCGAGGUUUUCAAUGCUUAUGGUCCGACUGAGGGAGCUAUCGCUGCCACCAUAGGCGCGGUCAACUACCGAGCCAUCAACGAUGAAAGAAUCCCUAUUGGUAGGAGACUGAACAAUUACGCAGCUUAUGUCGUUGAUGAUGAUGCAAAGCCUGUCCCAGUUGGCUUUCCUGGCGAACUACUCAUCGGUGGGCCUGGUAUCAGCCCUGGAUACUGGCGCAAAUCAGACCUUACGAAGCAGAAAUUCAUCACAGACUUUAUUUCCGGCUCUGAUAAGUUUUCGAAAGGUUGGAAAACCCUCUAUCGCACAGGGGAUAAGGUACGCCUGCUCGAGGAUGGAUCUUUGGUCUAUCAAGGCAGAAUGGAGGGAGACUCGCAGGUCAAACUCCGAGGAGUGCGCAUCGAGCUGGAAGAGAUUGAGACUGCGCUUCUCAACACCGCCAGCGCCUUACUUUCCGAUGCUGCAGUUGUACUCAGAGGAGAAACAGAAAAGUUCUUGGCUGCGUUCGUUGUCUUCUCCGAUGGGCAUAAGCCCCAAAACUCAGCCGAAUAUCUUCGCUCGCUACGCUCCGCGCUCUCUCUUCCCUCAUUCAUGAAACCCGCGAUCAUCAAAGACCUGACGCAGCUUCCCAUCACGGCUUCAGGAAAGCUUGAUCGCCGCGCACUAGGUUCCAUUCCUCUUGGUGACAUUGCUGGUGCCGAGGUUUCCGCAUCAUUGACGGCUACCGAACAACAGUUGAGUGAAAUUUGGGCAAUGCUUCUGGUCGAUAACGGUGAAAAGCUCAGAAUUGAGAAGACCUCCGACUUCUUCUCGGUUGGAGGCCACUCGCUCCUUUUGCUUAAGAUGCAAGCCGAGAUCCGGGACCGUCUCUCGAGUGAUCUAACCCUACCUGAACUCUUCCAAAACAACACGCUCGAGGGCCUUUCAUCCCGCAUUGAUGCAAGCGGUGCCAACCACUCUGCCCAAAUUGAUUGGGAGGCGGAAACGGCUUUGCACUCCGAUAUAUUGUCCACAGUGGGUGCGACAUACCCACCAAAAGACACCUUGAAGCCCAAGACUGUCCUUUUGACCGGUGCAACCGGUUUUCUGGGUCGCGCCUUAUGUAAAAAGCUGUCCGCUAGCCCUGGUAUUGCGAAGAUUGAAUGUCUGGCUGUCAGGAACCCCAAGACGGCCCAAAAGGAGUCAAAUAAGAUAUUCUUCCACGCCGGAGAUCUCAGGUCACCUUUCCUCGGACUGUCCGAGAAAAAAGCAAAAAUGAUCUUCGAAUCGGCCGACCUCAUUAUCCACAAUGGUGCCGAUGUCUCGCACAUGAAGUCAUAUCAAUCACUUCGCCGGCCGAAUGUUGAGUCCACCAAGGAGCUCGUCCGCCUCGCAGCCAAGCAUAAAAUCCCCUUCCACUUCAUUUCCACGGCGGGAGUUGCUCAACUGAGCGGCAAGGAAUCAUAUCCCGAAGUCUCUGUUGCAGCCUACCCGCCGCCUACCAACGGAAUAGAGGGCUAUGUGGCAUCGAAGUGGGCCAGCGAACGAUUCCUCGAACGCGUCGCUGCUGAGACUGGAAUGCCUGUGUGGAUUCAUCGACCCACCAGUGUCACGGGCGAUGGCACUCCGUCAACGGACAUCGUCCACACUGUGCUGCGCUAUUCUCGGCUGUUGAAGAGCGUUCCGGAACUCCCAGGAUGGCGUGGAUACUUUGAUUUCGUACAUGUUGACUCUGUCGCUCUAGCAGUUGUUGAGGCAGCCCUGGCUAAUGAUUCCUCCAUGGCCGAGGACCCAGUCUAUGUUCAUCACUGCGGAGAGACGGUGAUUCCUAUCCAGCAAUCACGCGUCUUCUUGGAAACAGAGCUUGGAGAACCGGUUUCUACUACGAGUAUCUCCGACUGGGUUGCUGCGGCCUCGGCUGAAGGAAUGAACCCAUUGGUGGCAGCAUUUAUGAAUAUGUUUGUUGACGGGGUUGCACAUUCGCUCGUUAUGCCGCGACUGAUGAAGGGGGACUCUGGAGCUGGCAAUGUUUGA